AUUAACUUGUGCUCGAAAAAAAACUAAUAAAUCACUAAAGAUUAAGAAGAACAUCCUUCGAUAAACGUUCCAUUCAUGCUUACGUCGGAUUUUAAAAACGGAAUUUCAGUACAAAAAAAUGGCCGUCACCGCCGCUAGUAUAUUGCAUGACAUUAUUGUAUUUGUGCAAACUUUAAUUCAUGUACAAAAUGGCGUACAUCAGCUUUGGGACUCGAGGAGCUUUAACCUUAGCCAGUAUGAAGGCAUGGAAGGUUUCUUAACGAUUGAAAACCCUACAAUGUCCCUUACGAUGGGUCCCUUCGAGGUGUUUUCUUUUGCCAAAGUUGUCGAAGACGAUAAUGGCGAUUUUCAGGCGUGCAUCGAUAACGUCACCUUUCCUCAAUUCAAUUUCACGUUUAAUUAUGAAGCCGACGUUGGGAUAAAUGACGAGAUACCGUUUUAUGGGAAAGGGACAUAUGAAGGUAAAAUGACUGACGUGCAAACAACGUUUUGCUGGUUACUUGCCUCUACGGCAGACGAGAUUCUGGAUUUUGAUAUUAGGGUCAUAUUUAGGCAUCAGCCGAGUUUUUUGACAGGAGUGUUUUUCAAUAAUGAAAUUGAUGGAGCGGUGGCCAACUUGUUAACCUUAGCCAAAAGGUUGCUUGCAAUGUGGAACAAUUAUGAAACUGAGUGUGCCAGCGUAUGCUUGCUAAAUCCAGUUUUUUAUUUUAUGACGAAUAUUUUGAUUUAUGAUAAGGAUAAGAGUGCGGAGCUCACUUUUGAGGAGUGCAGUUGUAUUCAUCAAAUAAUUCAAAACUCCCAUGACAUAUUUGGACCACACCGAGAAGUAAAUCUUCAAAACAUUUUUAAUUAUGCACUAAUUUUGUUUGAAGACGCUUUAAAUGGUGGAUUACAGCUGAACCAAUUGGAAAGUAUAUUACCUUAGAUAAUAAUUAUUACAUUUAUAUAAUUAAAUCGAAUAUUAUUAUUUAUUUUUUUUGUAUCUUAGUUAGUUAAUUAGAUAAUAGGAAUUUCCGGAUGAUUAGGUUUGAUAAAAUCAGA